CGUUGUCAAUUUUGCCACAGGGAAAAUCGGAAAUCCUGCAACCUGCAAAAUACAUAGUGCAUAGGGAAGCUUUUUAUUUUUAAAUAAUAAAGUUUUCCCACCUCAGAUGAGAUAAUAAUAAUUAAAAAAUGGCAAGUAUCGGCUUUCGGUGGCUGGAUAUUCUGGAAAAGGAGUUCGACAAGGCUUUCGUUGAUUUGGAUUUGAGUUUAGGAGAUAUAGGAGCAGAAGAGGCAACUGCAGUGUUCAAUGCUAGACAGAAGCUUUGUACAUUAGGAUCAUGUUUUGCACAAUUAUCACACAAGUCCCAGACAAUUUUUCAAAACAGUGCUAAAUUGGAGGCCGAACUAAUUCACCUCAGAGCAGAACUCAUAGACUCAAAGUCAAAAAAGGAACUGCUAGAAAAUGAAUUGCACAACUUGCUACUUCAGCUACACUCCAAUCAACUUUCCCAGCUACCUGACAGUUUAGGAAGCAAAAAAGCUGAUCAACACUUUAAACCUGACGUAAACGCCAUUAAGAGAAGGCUGGAGGCGGAAAUUCGACAGAGCCCCUUUAGAUUAAGGAGAACAAUGAGCGAUAGCAAGGAGACUAGUCCCAAAGAGACAGAAGUGAAAUUUAGCCAAACAGUUUUGGAGCCUAUCAAAAUGAAAGUGGAAAACUCGCAACUACUAACAGAGAAUACCGCUUUGAGAAAUGAUAUUUUAGCAUUAACCGCUGAAGUUUAUGGUGCUAAAUUAGCUGCCAAAUAUUUGGAUAAGGAGCUUGCAGGCAGAAUACAACAGCUACAACUCUUAGGGAAAGAAAUGCGUGGCGAGAUUCGAGACAAAUUAUGGAGCCAGCUAGAAUCAGAAAUUUUGCUACAAAGGCACAAAACCGUAGUUAGAGCUUGCAGAAGAAAUAGCGCACUAAAUUACACGCAAGAUAACACCCUUAAGACUCUUCCAGAGCCCAAUAGUGUCACGGACCAUUUUGGGGAUAUUAGAGUAGUCGUUGUAAAAAGAAAACCUGAACAAGGCCUAGGAAUAAGCAUAACAGGUGGACGAGAACACGGUGUUCCAAUAUUAAUAUCGGAAUUAGAGCCUAACGGACCAGCAGCCAUGUGCGAACAGCUUUACAUCGGUGAUGCAAUAUUGUUUGUGAACGACAUCGACCUGAGAAAUGCUUGUCAUAAAGAAGCUGUAUCAAUAUUGCAGCAGCAAAACGGAGACUGUGUACUGCAGGUGCAGUAUAUUGCCGCCGAUGAUAGUGAUAACAGUUUGGAAGAGGAUGGACUAAAUUUUAGGUUUUUCCAUGAGGAAGUCUGUGGAUCAAGCACUUCAAGUCAGUUAAAAGAUUCCCAAGAAAUCGUCAACACCCCAACGGCUCCCAGAACCCCCGAAUCCAAUUCCAAUUUAGGCCCGACAAGUGUUCUAGAUAAUACCAAUAAUGGAAACUCAACUACUAACUUAAAACUAACCCAAGAAUUAGAGGAAUCUGUUACUUCUAGUCAAAAUAAUAAUAUCAGUUUACCUGACAAUAUCACCAAAUUUUCUGAUAAUUUGUCUAAUGUAGACACGACUGAUUUGGUGCUGCUCGAUAAUGCAACUAACAACAUUAUUAAGCUAGAACACUUUAAGAAAGUGGACGUUUUUGCAACUAUGGAGAGUAACUUCAACUGCUCAGCAAACUCGUUGAUAUCCGAUAAUCUCAGCUCGCCCAUGCAAACCAGCACCGAUGUAUAUCUGGAUUCCGAAAUUUUGUCUACUGACGUCGCUUCAAAUGAUUCUCAUUCCCCCAAGAACCUACAAGUAGAAACUGCCGCCAAAAACUUCAAAUAUGAAAAUAACAUAAUCGAAAUUGAGAAAAUUAACGAGUUUCCUGAUAAGCAGCAGAGAUAUGAAAGUAGCGAGUCGUUGUCUCGGGUGAAAAGUGACCAGAGCUUGUUGAAUUCAGACGAAUCGGAAGGCAGCUCGCCUGUACAUAAACACAACAAAAGCUACAAGAAACAGAAGAAGGUUAGAAAAAAAUAUUUCGGUGUAAAAACUUUACAAAGCAUUUUUAACAAACACGAUGGCUACUCGGACAUUUCUACCACGGCAAGUGAGCUGGGUGAGGAAGCGAGUGCCUCUCCGAUCAAACAAACUAGCGUCAGCGUAAAACUGUUACAGUCACCAUCGGCUUUGGCUACUUUAGACAAACCUAAACCUACAAAACCGCUUCAAUCCGAUACUGCCCAACACUUUGAUGAACACGUGCACUCGAUUAUUCAAGAUAUAUUCGCUAAAAGCCAGAUCGACCCCACUCCGAUCUUAAAGCCCAACAAGCCGAACCUGGCGGCCCCAAAAAAAUAUUUCUCGUUGCACGGGCAGAACUUGCGGGUCGGUAAAGCUCUGAGGCUUUGCCCGAAUGAGGAAUCAACGGAAACGGCUGAGCAGGAUCAAAGAAAGGAAAAGCUGUUAGCUAGGUACGUUUAUAACGCGAACUGUUUGAAUGUCGACGGAGUGGGCGAUCCCGAUUUUGGCACUCCGGUUUAAAGAGGGGGAGUUUUUGAGUCUGACGUUUCUUGCACUGAAG